CCCGUCGGAAGAGUUGUUCAGGCGGCGCAGUAAACAUGGCAGCGCCCGCAGGGGAGGAUCAGGCUGCCGCUCAAAGCCGUUUGAGGACCGUGUUCGUGAGAAACCUGCCGACCUCGGCUAACAACGAGCGGCUAGAGGAGAUUUACAGCGAGCUGGGGCCGGUGAAGCAUUGUUUCGUAGUGAAGGAGAAAGGUAGCCAGACUUGUCGUGGUUUUGGAUAUGUCACUUUUUCCCUUCCGGAAGAUGCCAAAAAAGCGCUGAAAGAAACAAAGUUCUACGAUAGCCAGAAAAUAUUUGCUUCUCUUGCUAAGAAGAAACUUCUGGGGAAGAAAGAGGCCCCCAAGGAAGCUCCUAAAAUAAAUGUACAACAGAAAACACAGAAAUUGCAGAAAAAAGCAAGGUUGAUUGUUCGAAACCUGAGCUUUAAGUGUUCAGAAGGUGAUUUGAAGACAAAUUUCUCACAGUAUGGGACUGUGCUGGAGGUCAACAUACCUACCAAAGAUGGGAAGAUGCGAGGGUUUGCAUUUGUUCAGUUCAAGAAUGUUCUGGAAGCUGGGAAAGCCUUGAAAGGAAUGAACCUGAAGGAAAUGAAGGGGCGUCCGAUGGCAGUGGACUGGGCAGUGGCAAAGGACAAAUACAGAGCAAAGGUGGAUGCUGCUAAUGCAGGAGCUGGGAACAAGGAAACGCAUUUGGAUGUAGUUAAUGAUGAAGAGAAUGAAGAAGAGGAUGGUGAGAGUUCGAGUAACUACAAAAAUACUGAACCUACAAAAGACCAGAAACCCAAGGUGCCUUGUAAAACAGCUCCCAAGAAAAGAUCAGUGGUGGAGGAAGAGGAAGAGGAAGAAGAAGUCACGGCAUCAGAUGACGAAAUGGGAAGUUCAGAAGCUGAGACUAAAGAUGAUGACGAUGACAAUGAUGAUGAUGAUGAUGAUGAUGUGUCCAUUGAUGAAAACUCAGAGGAUAGCGACUUGGAGGAGGAAGAUGAUGAAAAGCCUGUGAAGAAAAAGAAGUUGAGCAAGGCCAGUCUUUCAGUGGAUGUCCAUGAAGGACGGACGAUCUUCAUCAGGAAUCUGUCUUUUGACAGCGAGGAAGAUUCACUGGGAGAGCUAUUGGAGCAGUUUGGAGAUCUGAAAUAUGUUCGUAUUGUCAUGCAUCAUGACACAGAGCACUCCAAGGGUUGUGCAUUUGCCCAGUUUGUGGCAAAAGAAUCAGCACAGAAGUGUGUGGAAGCAGCAGACAACCAGUGUGAGACUGGAGGUCUCAAGCUGGAUGGGAGGAAGCUCAACGUGACCAUUGCAGUCAGUCGUGAUGAGGCUAAGAAACUGCGGCAAACAAAGUCGGACAAGCCAACUGGAACACGCAACAUGUACCUGGCACGAGAGGGCUUAAUUCGAGCUGGAAUGAAAUCUGCUGAGGGUAUGAGUACUUCAGACAUGACCAAGAGGAUGCGGUUUGAGGAGCUUAAGCGGCACAAGUUGAAGGAUGUGAAUAUUUUUGUCUCGCCAACAAGGCUGUGUGUCCACAAUGUUCCAAAGUCAGUGACCGAUCAACAGCUUCGGAAACUUUGUUUACAAGCCGCUGGUACAAAGGAAGCUCGGAUAAAGGAGUGUCGGAUAAUGCGGGACCUACAGACAGCAAAAACUAAAAAGGAUGGACGGUCUCUGGGCUACGGAUUUGUAGAUUUUACGGAGCACAGCCACUCCCUGGCCACUCUGCGCCACCUGAACAACAACCCAGAACCCUUCGGUCCAGAGAAAAGACCAAUUGUGGAAUUUUCACUGGAGGAUCGGAGGAAACUGAAGAUCAAAGAGAUGCGAGCACAAAACAAUCUGAAGGCACAGCAACUUAAAACAGGGGUUCCGACAGAAUCCAGAAAACCCAGUAAAUCUCUACGUGACCAAUUGCAGCAUAAUUCCUCAGACAGCUCACAAAGCAAGAAAGUAUGGUCCGGAUUUUGCACCAAGCCUGAGGUAGAGGAAGUGGAACUGGCCAAUGGCAAGAAGCGGAAGAAGGUGUUGCCUUUGCCAUCACAUCGAGGUCCCAAAAUACGCAAGCGAGAUCAAAGGAAAGCUGCCACAAACAUGCCCAAGAAGGUGGAAAAGUGCAGCGAGUCGGGCGCAACAGUGAAGCUGGCAUCAGUUACCAAAAAGGUUGGAAAGGCCAAGAAAAAUAAACAAGACAAGGAAGAGAUGAGAUUUAAUUCGCUGGUUGAGCAGUACAAGAAGAAGCUCUUGGGGGCAUCCCCAGCCUCCUGCUCUGUGAAGAAAAGCAAAUGGUUUCAGGACUAGAGUGAAAGACAAGAAGCCACGGAUUGAACAUGGGAUAGAUCCAGAAUGAGACUUGAAUAAGAUACCCUUUAAGUACCUUGAUUGCAGGACCCCCUCAGUAACAUGACUCUUCAGCUACAUGCAGGCCAUCGACAUUGUAUCGAGACCCUCUGGGUGUUUGUGAGAAAUAUCAACUGUGGUGAAGAAGCUAUUGGUUUCUGCUGAAUGUUGCUGAAGACUGAAGUCUAUCUGGUGGGAGGAUAACAAUGUGCUUGAGGCAGCUUGACACAUGUGUUAUGCACGUAUGUUCAUCUCUGGAGCUUGCUAAUUGUCAUAGGUUGCCUGCACCCCUCCAACCUUCAUCCAUUGGAUCGAGGAUUGGAGCAGGACGGAUGUACUGGGAAUUGAAACUUGGUCUCUUUAAUUUAUCAUUGUCAACAGUCCUUCGAAGCAGGGAGAAAAUAGUAAAUCCCAAAUGGUAAAGUUAAAAUGAACCAUAAGAGGUUUUGUGGAAGUAUGCUUUUGAAUGCCUGGAUAAUUGUAUAAUGUGCCUUGGUCCCUGCUCCUGACCAGCAGUGUUCUGACACCCUAGCUCCACUGCUUUGUGGUAUUUCCAUAAACUGCUGGGAUACUUUUAAUGGAAUGUCUGAACUAACGUUUAAAUCUGUAUAGCACUACAGUGUGUCUGGUUUGAACAUAAUGUGAUUUGAGACUUUAUUUCCCCCCUCCCCUCCCCCCCACCCACCCGCCCCCCCAACCACAAUACUGAGAAAGGUGCUAUAGUUCUCCCUGUUGCCCUUGGAUGAUCCAGGGAAAUUAAUAUUCUCCUGACUCCUGGUUCACAUCUACCAUUCCUGGCUUUUGAAUAAUGAGAGAGGUGAAUGUAUUGCCAUUUGCUAAACCUGCCAAGCUUAUGUGUGGUUGAGAAGUAUGUGACUUUUGUGAAAGGGUCCAUGGAAUUGUAGUGGAAGGUAAACGUGUUUGCAUCAUGUAUGUUGCCAACAAGUGACACUAGCUAGAGUUCAAUCAGACCUUGACUCUGGCUUAGUGUUGCAUGGGCUCAAUCUGUCUGUUCAUUAUAUAAAUAUGAUUGUCACUCAUGGACCAAAGUGCAACUGCAGAUCUUUUAAUGUGACCAUGGUUUAAAUGUACAAAUUCAUUUUGUGUACGUUAUAUUUUUACAUCUUAGUUGAACUGUCAUUGCCUUAUUACAGCAAUGUUUAGUGCUGAUGUUUUAGCUGAUGACAAUGUGUAGUGAGAUAAACAAUUUGAUUCUCCCUUUCACGAACAACCUUGGCUUCUUCCACUUAUGCCAACUCUGCACUCAAUAAUUCCAGUACUCUCCCACUCUUCGGCAUUUCUUCUCGUCUACCUUGCUGCCUGCCCAUCUCUUAUGUUUUCUUCCUGCUGUGUUCUUCUGAUUGCUUGCCUGUGAUAUCUCUGAGAGUAUGGUGAGUUUUUAAUGUGAAAAUUGUACUUUGGUCUGUUUUAUUUGUUGACUCCUUGGCUUAUAUUCAAAAGUACUUUUAUCCCCUGUAACAAACAAUUUGAAAAUUUAAGUCAGGUUACUCAGAUGUUUUCUAACCCCAAAUGGAUUUAUUUCAGUGUAAAACUUAAAAUUGAAGAGGCUUUAUCUUAAA